AAAACCUACAGACAAUAAGGAGCAUCUUUUAGGCGCUACUCGUCCACACUUUGUUGUUGCUACUCAGUCCUAAAAGUAGGUAUCUGGUCGUUCUAUGGCAGAGAUAACGAAUUAGAUGUUCAUGCGUUCAAUCAAGCCUUUCCCCGUACAUUGGCGUGCACAUGAAUCCAAAAUCAAGCAUUUAGAUAGGCACAAGAACCUUGUUCUGCGCCAUCAAAAACAUGACGCUUGUUCUUGCAAGACUGCAGGGGUUUUCUGAUAAGAGCAGGUUUAUCUUGGCUGUACAGAGUAAGCCCUUGUAACCCGUAAAACGUUGAAAUUCUUAGGAACAAGAACUCAAGGAAGAUAGAUGCGGAACCUUAUUGGGUAGAUAUUUCAGGACGUGGACUCGUGGAGUCUAAAUAUGGCUGUCAUGAUGUAGAGGAACUGAUUAAUAUGGAGAUCAAAGUGCGGACGACUGGGGAAGCAUCUUACAUCAUGAUGCAUUAACUGCGAUGCGACGUCGAAGCUGGACGCAAAGUUCAUGGAGACCAACAAUCAAGCAGGUUCGUAUCAUAAGUAAUUGUGAUGCAAGUUCUAGGGGAAAUGUUCAAGUAUAAGAAGUCUUGUUCCUCCUCUUGAUUCCUCGUUAUUUUUCAUCAUCAGCACAUCAAGCAUCGCCCUUCAACCUGUCGACUCAAACAGACAACAAGUGAGUUCACCAUACUAAGAUUUGCCUAACCAUGGCUCAGCGGAUUCUAACAUUUGAUAUAGACCAACGCCACAAUCUAUCACUUCAAUCAAUCAUCAAUCAUGGGUCUUGGACAAGAUAUCAAGGAGUUUGGAGAGAGCGAAAUGCAACAAGGUGGAAAUAACGGAAACAACAUGGGAAGCAACAUGGGAAACGAUAUGGGAAAUGGUAUGGAAAACGGUAUGGAAAACAACUCCAACGGUAUGGGAAACAACUCCAACGAUAUGGGAAACAACUCCAACGGUAUGGGAAACAACUCCAACGGUAUGGGAAACAACUCCAACGGUAUGGGAAACAACUCCAACGGUAUGGGAGGUAGCACCAAAGAUACCAUGGUAGACUCUGGUAUGUUUAACCAUCUAGCUACUCUGUGCUCAUUGGAUUCUGACGUUUUCUUUUCGCAUUAGCCGUCGACUCAUUUGCAAGCAAGGAGGGAGUGCCUUCCCAAUUGGACUCCGGGAUCAACAACAUUGUCAAUAAUGAAGCCGACAACUUUUAGACAUCUAUAGCUAUUUUAAUGAUUAAUGUCGGACAAGCACGGAUAUGGGCUGGAGUUUUUUGGAAGGUUGUGUAAUUAAUUACCAUACGCGCUGGAUCAAUAUAUCAUAAACUUCAUCAAAGCUACUUGCAUUCUUUUUUUUGUACAUUUCAGUGUUCCUUCUCCAACUUUCAUUCGAUAUAUGUUUAUGCUGGCUUGAGAUCCAAAUCCAAGUGAGGUAAAAUGCCAAGAUGGCCAAGAUGUAGCCAAGAAUGCUAGCUACUGUUUUCUGUCGGGAUCUAAGAAGAUUCUCUUUUGAUUACUUCGAUUCCGGCCAGCCAUGUUGAACCGCCACCGUUCGGCUCUCAGAACUAGGUAUAU